AUGUUGAUCUCAACCACCACAUUAUCAACCACUUCAUUAACCGACUCGUCGACAUCGUCGGGUUGGUCGACACCCGAACAUCUGUCCACGUCGGCGUCGGCGACAAAUCCGCUGGCAGGGCAGAUCCUGACCAUCAGUUACGGCACCUUUACACAUUCCCUCUCCGUCACCACCGCGUUCUUCCCUGCUGCUCUUCAACUCCGCGAUGAUUUUCUCCACCACCUGCAGACGGCCGACGAGCCGGUCACCUUGUCGUCCCUCGUGGAGUUCUGGGCGCGCUUCCUCGGCUUCACCGUGCAUCGGUUGGAGCAAGCCCCCCGGGGAUUGACCGAUGACCUCCGCCACCUCCUCACCAUCGCCCUGGAGACGUUCGACCGGGAUAUUCUGCAGCAACGCGAGGUGCAUGGGGUGGUCUACAACCUCGAAGAUACCUCGGAAACCACCCAGUCGACGAUUCUGGCCGCGUAUGUCCGCGCCCGGCAUGCCUUGCGGCGCCUGAGUCGAGCCGCCCCCCCUCCCUCCGCGCUGCUGACGGCGGCACAGGAGCGCAAGGCACGACUGUAUGCGGUGUUUGGCGGCCAAGGCAACGAUGAGCACUAUUUUGAGGAACUGCGCACACUCUGGCAGACCUAUCGGCCCCUGGUCGAGGAGUUGAUUAUUCCCGCCUCGCAGCGCGAGAGUAUGGGGGGCGGCAGCAGUCGCUUCUACCACCACGGGCUGGAUGCCCUCAGCUGGCUGGAGCAUCCCGAGCGCACGCCGGCGUCUGCCUAUCUCAUCGGGGCCCCGAUCAGUAUGCCUCUGAUUGGGUUUCUGCAGCUGGCCUGGUAUCGAGUGGUCGGCCGGGUGGCCGGGGUGACGCCCGCGCAGCUGCAGACGGCCCUGGCCGUCCUUGCUUUGUGUUUGUCAUUGUUUUGCUUCUAG